AUGGCGCACGAGUGCAGCUUGGUGCAGAUCAUGGAAGACAGGUGGAUGUUUGGCAGCAGUGCAGUGUGCAAGGCACAGGCAGAUAGUGAUCAAGCAGCCAUGAAUGGCUGGGUGUCUUCCGUUUCCCCAGAGAGCCAUGACCAUGCCUGUGGAGCAAGCAGGAGCGGCUCUGACGAGCUGAGCUGGGCCGACAGCAGUGGCGGCGACGAUAGCAGUGAGAGCGGAAGCGAUAGCGGCAUCGGCGACAGCAAAAGGGACAGCGCUGCGGUUUCACAUUGGUCAUCUGCAAAAUGCAAGGCUUUGAAACCGGCAGCAGCUGUUUCAGCUGCCACCAGCAGCAACCCCGGCAAGGCAGCCGCCGUGUUGCUGCCGCCGCCUUCAUUCCGGAUCGCACCCGAUGGCUCCCUGCGCCUCAGCACCCUCAUUACCAGCCUUGCUGGCCGCCCCUGCCGCCUUGCGCUCAAUGUGGGUGUCCCGCACACCGUGGCGGCGCAGUGGCAAUCAGCAGCGGCGCACUCGGGUGGCGUGGUGCAUUUUGAUGAGGUCACGGCCAGCGUGAUGAUUGACGGCCAGGAUCACCUGCCGCGGGUGGUGUACUACGGCAAGGCAGUUGAGGGGGGCGCGCUGAUCGACCUGUUUUCGGGCGGGCGCCCGGUGCGCACGCGCAUCACCCUGGACGAAGGAGCCGUCGGCAGCAGUGGUGCAGUUGCCAGCACGGUCGAGCCCGCCGACCGGUUGACAUGCUUGCCGAUCAGGCAAGCCAGUGCUACACCGCCCACCAGCAGCUCAACCAGCAGCAGCGCCGCCAGCAGCCCCUCUAGCAGCAGCGCGGCGCCUGGAUGGGCAGUGCGCCCGGCGGCCGUCCACCAUGCGCCUGGCGCAGCGCCACCAGCUGAGGCAGCUCGCGCCAGAGCCCGCCUCCCUGCAGGCCCCAGCGAAAGAUGUGGCGGCAGUGACAGCUGCAUUCCUUCAGCAUGUACCGUAAUCAGCAGCGGCAGCAGUGGGUUCCAUCAGGGCGCCACUCAUCAGCAUGUAGCUGCAAACUUCACAGCAAAUGGCUCUGCAGCCACCAGCAGAAUCGAGCGCAACGGCUAUGAAGCAGCCGCUGCCAGUGGCCUCUCGCCCCAGUGUCCAGGGAACAAGCAAGCGGAACCGCUGCAGCCGCCGUCAUUCCAGAUCUCGGCUGAUGGCUCCCUGCCUCUCAGCGCCCUAAUUGCAGGCCUAGCCGGCCGCCCGUGCCGCCUUGCCUUUGGGGGCCCCGCAGUUCCACCGGUCGCGGCGAUGCAGUGGCGCUCAGCUGCGGGGUGCUCUGGCCGCGUGUUCUCGUACGACGCCGGCAGCUGCAGCAUCCUCAUCGCUGGUGAGCGGCCCCUGCCGCCCCUCAUAUACUACGCGCAGCUCACAGAGGACGGCGCGCUGGUGGACCUGGUGGCGGGAGGGGUCAGGGCGCGAGCCAGGGUCAGCCUGGACGUUGGCGCCGCCCGCAGCCGCAGCAGUGCCGGCGCAGGAUUCAGCGCCGGCGGCGGCCUGGGGCGCAGCUGCAUGGGCGUUGGGCCUAGCAGCGGUGGCAGCCUAGUGGCGGCUGCGGCGGUCGGGUCUGUCACGACUCUGGUUGCGGGGAGUGGCGGCAGCGCAGCCGGGCCCGGCUCGCUCAAAGCAUUGGCAGCUGCGACCGCAGGCGAACCGCACCUUGCACCGAAGGGCGGGCUUCACGCCCUGCUGUCUGCAGCACCACACACCACACAAAUUGCAGUCGGCAAGCUCAACCCUGGCAAACCCACGGCUGCGUGGUUUCCAGAGCCGUCCAGGGCAGGAAAUCUUUGA